CUGAACAACAAAACGACAGGUUUCGAGGUUUUCCUUCUCCCACAAGCAACCACACUCGUAGUGCCGAACUUUCCGUUCGUAUUUUGUGUUAGGUCAGCUUAUCAACAUUUUAUAUUGGACUGUUGGUAUUCAUGGGUACCAAAUUGUGAACUACUGCCUACGAAGCCACUUGACGGAUUUUGUGUUUUACCAUUGCCGGUUUCCACGUUUCGUGUUCAAGGAGUUGAUAUUCGUUUAUUUAAGGAUUAAAGUUUUUAACGGUUCGGUUAACCUACGGUGGCUGGGAUAGGUCGAAUUCAGGGAGCAGGGUCAUUCAGCUAUUUCAAUCUUAUUCACUUCGAGCUUACACACCCUGUGCAGCUUGAAAGGUUUUACUUCUUUCUAUCCAUUACACGACUAUCAAUUUUGUCGGUCUAACUUUUGUUUGCUUUGCGAUACAUACGCCAAGUACUACGUUGACAGACACCUUGACCACUACAUAAUAAGGCCGUCGCAUCUUUUGUGUGCACGACUUUGGUAAUAACCACGCUUUGACUCACCUUUACGUAACGACCCUUCUUUAGGUUGUACCUAGUCAUUUUCUCUCCUUGUUGCGAGCUAAUUUGUCUGGUUUCCUUUGUUUUCUUCGUUGAAAAUAUAACCUUGCACUUUGUCUUGUAAUUUCUCCGUUCCUUAUACGACACCUUUCCUUUUUCUUUUUUGUUUUUGUUACUGGGAUUCUGUUGGGUUAAACUCUCUCAUACUGUUUUGUUCUUUUCCCUUGAUUUUGGCUUGGUCUAUUGGGGUUUUGUCUCAUUUAAUCUUUUUCUUAUACUCAUCACUCUAAUGAACAUCUCCUAACGAGAAUGUCUUUCUUUUUCAAAAAAAGCAAGGCUGCACAUAGCGCGAACAAUAAUUCCUCUAACGGCAGCAAAAUUCGGUCCCCUAAUCUUAAACGUUUAGAACCUCAUGUGGCUCCCAAUGCACAUCUGAAUCCAACGGUAACGCCCCAUGUCAAUAAUGCUGCUCAUAUGACGGCUUCCCCUUGGUCAAAGCUUACGGUCCGUGGAAAUGCCAAUGUCUUACCUCGCUAUGGACAUUCAUCCCAUCCUGUCGCUGAAGGCGGACAGGACAUCUACAUUUUCGGAGGAAUGGCCGGAAAAAAUGGGGAGAAAAACGACUUCUGGGUUCUGAAUGUGAAUACGAGCCAGUUUAAUGCUCUUCGUUCUCUCGGUGAGGUGCCUUCUCCUCGACUUGGUCAUGCUUCGGUAUUAAUUGGAAACGCUUUUAUCGUUUUUGGAGGCUUCGUCCGAAAUGCUAGCAUGGAACGUCAAGACAAUGCAUUAUACCUAUUGAACACCACGUCUUUAGUUUGGCAAAGGGCUUUAGCUUCGGGGGCUCGACCAAGCGCCCGUUAUGGUCACACUCUCAACACCUUGGGAACGAAGAUUUGUAUCUUCGGAGGCCAAUUGCGGAAUUACUUUUUUAAUGACUUGAUAUUUUUUGAUUUGGAUAAUCUAAAUACGCCGGAUUCUCGCUGGGAACUGGUAACAGCUGUUAACGACUCACCUCCUGCUCGUGCAAACCACAUCGCUGUUUCGUUUGCUGAGAAGCUUUACGUUUUCGGUGGCACGAACGGAGUCCAAUGCUUUAAUGAUUUAUGGUGUUUCCAUCCCAAGCAGAGUGCGUGGUCUCGGGUUGAGGCCUUUGGUGUCUAUCCAACUCCUCGAGAAGGUCACUCUGCAGCUGUGGUCAACGACGUUCUAUACGUUUUCGGUGGUAGAACGCACGAAGGUGCGUUUCUGAAUGAUCUGAUGGCGUUCAAAUUUUCUACAAAGCAAUGGUACAAGGUUUCUGAACUCCCAUUUACUCCCUCCCCUCGUGCGAAUCACACGCUCUGUGCUGCAGGUGCACAUGUUGUAUUAAUUGGUGGUCAAAGUGACAGAGACGUCGAGGAUGUGAACAUUUACAUGCUUGACACGACUCGUUUACGAUUCGGAAAUAUUAAUGCUACUCCCGCUGCCAGAGGUUACAAUCUCCGUAUGUCCUCUAUACCACAAUUUUCGAAAGCUCCUUCGAGGGGUAUUCCCGGCAACUAUAUGCACCCGCAAGGCAGAUUGGGUCCUAAACCACAAUCCGCAUCCCGUUUUGCUUCUGCAUUUGGUGCAUCAAAUCCUGCUACCACACGUUAUCCCGCUACCACGUCUUCUGCUCAGCUGAAACGUCCAGUUAGUGGUACGUCUUCAAGACUGGUUCCUAGAGCAUUGUCUACAGCGCUACCCGCGGGAAACUAUGAAAACCAACCCCCCAAUUCAAUUCGUAACAAUCAAGUGGACUUGGCAAAGACGUUCGAUGGGAGCCAAGAAGCAAGUGAACCAACUUCACCCGUCAUGUCUUCUGAUACCGCAUCUACGCCUUCACCAAACCACACAACUCAGUCCGGUAGCCCUCCACGUAGUGCUCAUACUCGCCGAGUCCCAACAACUUCAAAUGCGAAUGCAGGAAACGUUCCCCUCCGUGACUUUUCUGCGGAGCUUGAAACUCCUCAAGAAGCGUUUAUGACAGCAAUUUCUUCGCAGCCGGACGAUGACAAUGAUGCGUCGCUUGAAACAAACAUGCCUCGCAUGAAUGGAAGGCAGGUCGCUGAGGUUAAUGAGCACGGGGCUUCUGCCAUGCCAAGUAAAUACGGCACCGAAGCUGCACCUUCCGAUGAAAGAGCGCGCAACAAUGCACAACUAAUGAACUGGUUCCGUUCCAAGCUUUCUUUGUUAAAAGAAGAAACGGAUUCUCGCUUUGCAGCUUUAACCAAGCAACUUGAAGCGGCGCAAGCUGAACGAGACGCCGCAUUAAAAGAAGCAGCUGUCAUAAAAGCUGUUCGCGCUAUACACGGAGAUGAAGUUGAUGACGAUGCAACUACUGAAUUGCAAGCUAGCUCUAUCAGUUCAGAGAAAGUUGCACACGUCAUGCAAGAGAAUGUAAAGUUACAGGAAAGCCUUUCUCUUUUGAAGGAGAACUCGGAAGAAUUAAAUCAACAACUUUCAGACAUGAACGUGAAAAAUCGUACUCUUGUCGAGAAAGUUGAAUCGCUAGAGAAGCAAUUGGAAGUUGAAAAAGGUGUUCGCCAGACAUCUUCAUUGCAAAUUAUUGAUGCAAAUAUGCACCUUCGACGAACGGAGGCUUUAGUGCGAGAGCUUGAAGAUCAACUCGUUGAGCAAACCACUGAAACCAAUAAAAUUGCCAGUGAGCGGCAAUUGUUUGAGGAACGAUGCACUAUCCUGGAGUCUACAAUUAAAGAACUUCUAGAAAAAUUGGCUGCUUCAGAUACGCUUACCACAUCACUACAUGAAACUGUAGCGAACCUGAAUGAUGAUAAUGCACAUCUUAUUGAAGAAGUUGCUACGCUGAAGGCAGAGCUUACAAAGAAACAGUCGUUGCUCGACUCCAACGCCAAUCUUGUUCAACAGUUGGAAGCAUCUAGGAACUUAUACGAGGAAAAUGUAAAGGCAAUUAACGAAAACUUAACCACAUCGAUCGAAAAAUUACUUGAUAACCGAAAUAGCACAGCAAAUGUGGAGAUUGAAGCGUUGAACGAACAACUUCGCCUCAAUAAGAUUAAGCUUGAGAACAACCUUCGGCUGGUUAGCGUCAGCAAGUCUAUUGAAGACGCCCUUCGCUUGAAGAUUCAACAGGCAAACGACAGAAUUUCAAUGCUCGAGUCAACCAGCACUCAAGCUAAAACCGAAAACAACAAAUUACAGAUCCAGCUUAUGAAAGCAUUGGAGCAAAGAAAUGAUGGUGCGAAACAGCUUAUAUCUUUGCGCGUCCAACUUUCAACUGCUACAUCUGAACUUGAUUUGCUGAAGCUGAAGCUCGAGGCUUUGAAUCUUGCUUUGAAGGAGCGACCCAUCAGUGACGACCUUCAGGGUCUCGCCAAAGCUAACUUCUCGGGAAUUUCUGAGUUGAUGAAGCAAGUUGUUCAUCUUACGAAUCUGUUUGAUGCAGCGAAUAAACGGUUGGAAGAGACAAAGCAGAAGCUGAACACGCUUGAACCUGGUACUCUGACUCGCUCCAGAAGUCGUGAUGGACGAACUUCAGCAAGUUCUUACGCUUCUUCCAUCCAUUCUUAUAAUAGUCAUGUUGAGUCAAAGAAUCCGGAAUUGGAGGCUGCCGCAAACUCGUUAGCUGAGGCCUCUGAACUAUUUCUGAAACUGAACAACGACUUGGCUCCACUAAAUAUGAGACUAAAGACACUUUUAUCACAGCCUCAACCUGCCGAAGAUAUGUCUUCGCGACUAAAGACAUUUUUAGCGUUCUCAAAAGUCGCAAGCUCUAUCACUCAAGAACAAACAUAAUAGUUUCGAUUCUUGUCUUUUCUUCCUCAGUCAUUAUCCUUCUAUGUUUUUUUGUAUAUAGUCAAUGAAACUUCGCAUUCAUAUAAAUCACGGGAGGCCGCCUACAUUUUCAACAUUGCACACAAAAAAUCUAUCAUUUUGUACUCUAGCAUACACAAGUCUACACUCAAUGCUUCAUUU